GUGUAGUUCGGGGUCGGGAGAGCUCCGGGUACAUCUCCAUGAAUAACUUAAAUGACCCCCCAAAUUGGAAUAUCCGACCUAAUUCCAGGGCUGACGGGGGUGAUGGAAGCAGAUGGAAUUAUGCCCUGUUGGUUCCAAUGCUGGGAUUGGCUGCUUUUCGUUGGAUUUGGUCCAGGGAGUCCCAGAAAGAAGUAGAAAAAGAGAGAGAAGCGUACCGUCAGAGAACAGCUGCUUUCCAGCGGGAUCUCGAAGCCAAGUACCACGCGGUGAUCUCAGAGAACCGGCGCGCCGUGGCUCACUUGUCUUUGGAGCUCGAGAAGGAGCAGCACAGAGUGGCUAGUUACCGAGAAGCACUUAUCUCUCAGGGGCGCAGGUUGGUAGAAGAAAGGAAGCUUCUGGAACAGGAGCGGGCUCAGGUCAUGCAAGAAAAGAGACAGUUGCAGCCUCUGAGCAGUGCGUAUCUGAGCUUCCUGGAGAAGGAGGACGACUGGCAGAGGAGGGCCAGGCUUGUGCUGAAGGAGUUCGAGGAUGCCCUGACGGAGAGACAGAACAUCUACUGCAGCCUGGUCCUCCCUCGCGGCAGGCGGCUGGAAAUCGAGAAGAACUUACUGGUCCGAGCGUCCACGGACCCGGUAGCCGCGGAGCUGCAGGUGGCGGCCGGCCUGACCGACAUAUUCCAGCACGACACCCACUGCGGCGGCAUCUGGAACACCAGCCGGCGCCGGAAUGGCAGACUCAUGUGGCUGUAUCUCAGGUACUGGGAGCUGAGCGCCGAGCUGAGGAAGCGUCAGCGGGUCGAGGCCGCCAUCCUGGGGGACUGGCCGGAGCCCCGCACGCCUCCGGCAACGCCCUGA